CCUCAAAGCAGCUUCAGGGUCUUGUCUCCAGUUGUAACCAUUAGUUAGAAUGAGUUGGAGAUAAUUAUCCAACUUUUCAUAGGGGUUUCACCCAGGAAAGAGGGUGGGAGACAGAGAGAGUGUGUGGGACGGGGAUUUACAAUUUGCAGGGAGCAAGAGAGGAAAAUAUUUCACCGAAACUGUAAUUGCGUGAUUAUGAUUUCUCUGCUUUACUGACAGUGAACGAGUUUGUCAUCUCCUGCCACAGGGAUUAGAAGAGCAAGGUUUAGAUCAGGAAACCCAAACGAAAGAUCAGGUCGAGAUCUGCAUGCAUCAGGAGCUGAACAUCACUGCCCUCUGAUUGUGCAAGGAGAAAUGUUUGCUUUGUCUUAGGGGGAAAGAUUGCAAACAUCAGUGUGACUGGAAAAUCACCGAGACACAGAAACAUCUGAAUAAGAGUGUUCUGGUGAACUGACUGUGGAAAGCGCUUUAACCAAUUGCACAGACAGAAGAAUGACUUGCACCAUUUAGAGGAGAGCCUGUACACGGGUUGUCUGUGUGGGUAAGGAUUGAACUGAUCCUUCAAACUGGAGUAACACAAAGAUACUGGCACUAUGGAGAAACCGUGUAAAUGUGUGGAGUGCGGUAAGGGAUUCAGAUUUCCAUCCAGGCUGGAUGUUCAUUGGCGCAAGCACACAGGGGAGAAACCAUUUACCUGCUCCAAGUGUGAGAAGGGAUUUGCUCGUUUAUCCAGCUUACAGAUACACCAGAGACGUCAUGCCGGGGAGAAAUCAUUCAUCUGCACCACAUGUGGUAAGUGGUUUGCUAAUUCAUCUGAUUUACAUGAACACCAGAAGGUUCACACUGGGGAGAAACCAUUCACCUGCUCUGAGUGCGGGAAGGCAUUUGCUCAGUCAUCCAAAUUACAUGAACACCACAGAACUCACACUGGGGAAAAACCUUUCACCUGCUGUGACUGCGGGAAGGGAUUCACUCAGUCAUCCGCCCUACAUGUGCACCAGCGAAUUCACACAGGAGAAAAACCAUUCACGUGUUCUGAGUGUGGGAAGAGUUUCACUCAGUUAUCCCACUUAGAUUCACACCAGAGAACUCACACUGGAGGAAAACCAUACCUCUGUCCUGAGUAUGGGAAGAGAUUCAUUCGGUUAUCCAACUUACAUCAACAUCAGGGAACUCACAGUGGAGAGAAACCAUUCACCUGCUCUGAGCAAGGGAAGGGACGUGUUCAGACUUCCAAAUUAUAUAAGCACCAGAGAACUCUCACUGGAGAAAAAACGUUUACCUGCUCUGACUGCGGGAAGAGAUUCACUCAGUCAUCCACUUUACGUGUGCACCAACGAAUUCACACUGGAGAAAAACCAUUUGCCUGCCCUGAAUGUGGAAAGGGAUUCGCUCAAUUAUCCAACUUACAUCAACACCAGAGAAUACACACUGGAGAAAAGCCAUUCACCUGUCCUGAAUGCAGGAAGGGAUUCGCUCAGUUAUCUAAUUUACAUCAACACCAGAGAACUCACACUGGAGAAAAACCAUUCACCUGCCCUGAAUGCGGGAAGAAAUUCACUCAGUUAGCGAACUUAGAAUCGCACCAUAGAACGCACACUGGUGAAAGACCGUUCCCCUGUCCUGAGUGUGGGAAGAGAUUCAUUCGGUUAUCCACCUUACAGCAACACCAGGGCACUCAUAAUAGAGAAAUACGGUUCACCUGCCCUGACUGUGGGAAGGGAUUCACUUACUCCUCCACUUUACUUAGGCACCAGAGAACUCACACUGGAGAGAAACCGUUUCCCUGUCCUGAGUGCGGGAAGAGAUUCACUCGGUUAUUCAACUUACAUCAACACCGGCGAACUCACACUGGAGAAAAACCACUGCCCUGUCCUCAAUGUGGGAAGGGAUUGGCUCAGUUUUCCAACUUACAUCAACAUCGGAGAACUAACGCUGGAGAAGAACCAUUGCCCUGUCCUGAAUGCGGGAAGGGAUUCGCUCAGUUAUCCAACUUGCAACAACACCAGAGAACUCAAACUGGAGAAAGACCAUUCACUUGUCCUGAGUGUGGGAAGUCUUUCACUCAGUUCUCCAACUUGCGUCAACACCAGAGAACCCACGCUGGAGAAAAUCUGUUCCCCUGUCCUGAGUGCGGGAAGAGAUUCACUCGGUUAUCCAACUUACAUCAACAUCAGGGAACUCACACAGGAGAAAAAACAUUUACCUGCUGUGACUGCGGGAAGAGAUUCACUCAGUCAUCCACCUUACGUGUGCACCAACGAAUUCACACGGGAGAAAAACCAUUCGCCUGCCCUGAAUGUGGAAAGGGAUUCGCUCAGUUAUCCAACUUACAUCAACACCAGAGAAUACACACCGGAGAAAAACCAUUCACCUGUCCUGAAUGCGGGAAGGGAUUUGCUCACUUAUCCAACUUACAUCAACACCAGAGAACUCACACCGGAGAAAAACCAUUCACCUGCCCUGAAUGCGGGAAGAGAUUCACUCAGUUAGCCAACUUAGAAUCGCACCAUAGAACUCACACUGGCGAAAGACCGUUCCCCUGUCCUGAGUGUGGGAAGAGUUUCAUUCGAUUAUCCACCUUACAGCAACACCGGGGCACUCACAGUAGAGAAAUACGGUUCACCUGCUCCGACUGUGGGAAGGGAUUCACUUACUCUUCCACUUUACUGAGGCACCAGAGAACUCACACCGGAGAGAAACCGUUCACCUGCUCUGACUGCGGGAAGGGAUUCGGUCAGUUAUCCCAAUUGCAUCAACACCAGAGAACUCACACUGGGGAGAAACCGUUUCCCUGUCCUGAGUGUGGGAAGAAAUUCACCCGGUUAUCCAACGUGUAUCAACACCAGAGAACUCACACUGGAGAAAAACCGUUCACCUGCCCUGAAUGCGGGAAGAAAUUCACUCAGUUAGCGAACUUACGUUCACACCAGAGAACUCACGCUGGAGAAAAAAUGUUCAACUGUUCUGACUGUGGAAAGAAGUUCGCUCAGUCAUCCAAAUUAUGUGUACACCAGCGAUCUCACACUGGAGAGAAACCGUUCUCCUGCCUCGAGUGCAAGAGGAGUUUCACUCAGUUAUCUCACUUACGUUCACACCAGAGAACUCACCGUAAACUGUGCACUGUCAGGAAGGGGAGAUCACUUCCAGAGUGAAAGACAGCCUGACGAACUGAUGAUGUGGUGACUGCUGCAGUACCUGUGUUUCCUUCCUCCUGCCUUGUUUGACAUGAGAUCUGCCAUCACCUGCAUAAUCUCACCAUAGGAUACGAUCUAGAGGAUGGAGUAGUCAUAAUAAUAACUGUAUGCAAAUUAAUUUUAAUUGUUCACCGGGUGAAAAGUGUACUUUGCUGAACUUUACUUACACAUGUAACAACCUAUGUUCCCAACAAAUCCAGGGAACAGGAACUAAACAUGCUACUGUUACUGUAUGACGUGGAAUUACACUGCGCCCCCGAUUAUCUGUACGAAAGUAGGUGGCAAUAACUACAUCUCACCACUGACCUGACACAAGACAAUCUGAAGACAGUGCCUAAAGUAGGCCGUGUCUGACAGUAGCUCAUGUGAAAAUUGGUGUAAUAUAGUGCUUUGAAAUGGUGACUGGUUAUUAUGUCCAAGAUGUUACAGAGAUAAAGAGACAUGAUUCUGGGAUGUGGGGUUAUGGUGGGGUGAGUGGAAGGACCUUUCCAAUGACAUUUAGAUACCCCAUCUUACAGUGGGUUGUGUGAUACAUGUAUCCUGGUGUUCAAACAAAAUAUUGUUUUGACUGUGACAGUGGAAAUAACUAAUGGAAAUAAAAAUUCCCCUUCCAUUGCUGCCCUUUA